ACUCGACUUGCAUCUUUAUUCAUUAAUGAAUCAAAGGUUCUUUUUCUCUGUAUUCAUAAGCUAACACUGGAACUGAUCUUAGCACUAGCUAGAGAAUGUGCAAAACAUCUCAGAAUUGCUGAUAUUAACGCUAGUGAUGCGAAGAAGAAAGGUUGCGGAUGGUUCUCAAUAUGGAGG